AUGAGGAAUGCGGCUUGGGGGAUAACAGGUGAUUUUAACACUUAUUUGUAUGAGUAUGAGAAGCUAGGUGGUAAUGGGCAUAACUGGAAUAGCAUGAGGGAAUUUCGUGAUUGUUUAGAUGAAUGUAGCUUGUCUGACAUUGGCAAUCAAGGUCCUAUUUUCACUUGGCAAAGAAGAAAUCUUCAGGAACGUCUUGAUAGGGUUUGCGCUAAUGAUAAUUGGAACUUGGUUUUCCCUAACCGUGUGGCUUUCAACUUGCCUUUCUUUGGCUCAGAUCAUCGACCAGUGUUAUUAUGGGAAGGUCAACCUGCUAUUUAUCUGAGAGCUGAUGGUCCUUUCCGUUUUCUAGCGUCCUGGUUAACAGAGAGCACUUUUCAUGAGGUGGUUAAUGGAUGUUGGUCAAACAAUGUAAACUGGAUGCAUGCUAUGGAGACAUUUCGGAUUAAUGCUUCGGAAUGGCAUAGAAAUGUUUAUAGGAUUGCUCUGAAAAGAAAGAAUGAUUUGAUGCAAGGAUUAGAGGUAUUGAUAGAUGUCUUAGUUAUCAGUACAGUCAUAGCCUUGAGAUGUUGCAAAAGGAUCUAUGGAGGGAACUGGACAAGAUUUAUCUUCAAGAGGAAAUUACUUGGUUUCAAUAACAUACGAAAUUGA